GGAGAAGGAGAAGGAGAAGGAGAAGGAGAAGGAGAAGGAGAAGGAGAAGGAGAAGGAGAAGGAGAAGGAGAAGGAGAAGGAGAAGGAGAAGGAGAAGGAGAAGAAGAAGAAGAAGAAGAAGAAGAAGAAUCUCUUUGGAGGAACCUGUGAGCAGACCUACCUCUCCCCUGCCCUUGGCUACUUUUUUUCCCCCUUUUUUUCUUGGGAGAAGGUUGUGCCUGUGGGUUGUGAGCGGGGACCUGGGAAGAAGCCUCCAGCCGAGCCAGAACAAUCAACCAUGACUACCGAAUCAGGAUCAGACUCAGAAUCCAAGCCAGAGCAAGAAUCUGAGCCCCAGGAAGCAGCCGGUGCCCAGGGGCCUGCUGGGACUCAGCCUGUGUCCCAGCCUAGCGGCAGCGAGAAGGGUCUGGAACAGUUUGAGGCCGCUGCUCACAGCACCCCUGUGAGGAAGGAGAUCACAGACAAGGAGCAGGAGUUUGCUGCAGGAGUGGCGAAGCAGCUUGAAUAUCAGCAACUAGAAGACGAUAAACUUUCUCAGAAAUCAUACAGCAGUAAACUGUCUCGGUCUCCAUUAAAGAUUGUCAAAAAGCCUAAAAGCAUGCAGUGCAAAGUGAUACUUCUGGAUGGAUCAGAAUAUACCUGUGAUGUGGAGAAACGUUCCCGAGGCCAAGUAUUAUUCGACAAAGUAUGUGAACAUCUGAAUCUGCUAGAGAAAGACUACUUUGGGCUGACAUAUCGAGAUGCUGAAAACCAGAAGAAUUGGUUGGACCCUGCUAAGGAAAUAAAAAAACAGAUUCGAAGUGGCGCUUGGCACUUUUCAUUUAAUGUGAAAUUUUACCCACCUGACCCUGCCCAGCUCUCUGAAGAUAUCACCAGGUACUACCUCUGCUUACAGCUGCGAGAUGACAUCGUCUCCGGAAGGCUACCCUGCUCCUUCGUCACCCUUGCCCUGUUGGGCUCUUACACGGUCCAGUCAGAGCUAGGAGACUAUGACCCAGACGAAUGUGGAAAUGAUUACAUUAGCGAGUUUCGCUUUGCACCGAACCACACAAAGGAACUGGAAGAUAAAGUCAUCGAGCUACACAAGAGCCACAGAGGAAUGACUCCGGCAGAAGCAGAGAUGCACUUCUUGGAAAAUGCCAAAAAACUAUCCAUGUAUGGAGUCGAUUUACAUCACGCCAAGGAUUCAGAAGGCGUUGAAAUCAUGUUAGGAGUCUGUGCAAGUGGCCUGUUGAUCUAUCGUGACCGACUGCGAAUAAACAGAUUUGCCUGGCCUAAGGUUCUAAAGAUUUCAUACAAACGGAACAACUUUUACAUUAAGAUCAGGCCAGGGGAGUUCGAACAGUUCGAGAGCACCAUUGGCUUUAAACUGCCAAACCAUCGAGCCGCCAAGCGUUUGUGGAAAGUGUGUGUGGAGCACCAUACUUUUUUCAGACUUUUAUUACCAGAAGCACCUCCAAAGAAAUUCCUUACCUUGGGUUCCAAGUUUCGUUAUAGUGGCAGAACACAAGCCCAGACCAGAAGAGCCAGUGCGCUAAUCGACCGCCCGGCCCCUUACUUCGAACGCUCAUCCAGUAAACGCUAUACCAUGUCUCGCAGCCUGGAUGGAGCAUCAGUGAAUGAAAACCAUGAGAUAUACAUGAAGGAUUCUGUGUCUGCUGCAGAGGUUGGGACUGGCCAGUACGCCACAACAAAGGGCAUCUCUCAAACCAACUUGAUCACGACCGUGACCCCAGAGAAAAAGGCCGAAGAAGAACGAGAUGAGGAAGAGGACAGACAGAGAAAGGCAGAAGAAACCACACCCGUGCCAGCAGUUCGGCAGGAGGGAAAGACUGACAGUGAACGAACAGACACAGCAGCUGAUGGAGAAACCACCGCUACUGAGUCGGACCAGGAGGAAGAUGCAGAGCUCAAGGCACAGAAUAGUCUGAUUAAGCGAAUAAAGGGUGAAAAUGUGUAUGUCAAACAUAGUAAUCUUAUGUUAGAGGAGCUAGACAAAGCUCAAGAUGACCUCAUGAAACAUCAGACCAACAUCAGCGAACUGAAAAGAACCUUCUUAGAGACGUCCACAGACACCGCCAUCGCCAACGAGUGGGAGAAGAGGCUGUCUACCUCACCGGUGAGACUCGCCGCCAGACAGGAGGACGCGCCCAUGAUCGAGCCACUUGAACCUGAGGAGACCAAAGAAGAAAGAGAGAUUUCUGGAAAAGUUAUAUUUUUGCAGCAAGGAAGCUCUCCAUUCCUUGAGUCUCAGGGCACAGAGGACUGGGUUAUUGUAGACAAAAUACCCACUGAGAUAGUUGAUGGUGAUUCGAAAAAGAUUGUGACUUACAAGGUGGUGACCAUGAGCAGUAGAACCAGUGACCUUCCCACCGACUUGCUAAGAUCUAGUGCCAUCGAAGUGCAAAGCUUUGAUGACUUGGCCCGAGAAAUUCAGCUGAAAGAAGAAAGCAAACAGAAAAUCUACACUCUAGGAAAAUCUUACGAUACCGUUUCUGGGAAAGUCGUCACGAUGACUGGCAGACCUAAAGAGGAAGAGAAGUUAGCCAGAGCUUCGGCUCUGGAAGCUCUUCAGAAAAUGGACGGAGGACUGUCCGAAUCGGUGAAGCGCACUCCUACCGUGACUGAGUAUGAGGUCCUGGAAACCAUCGCUGAUGAGAAAUCCAGACGAGGACCGGAGGUCCACACUCCCAAGCGGAAAUUGUCCGAAUCCCUGACUCCCAUAAAAGAAGCUGAAUCUCGGAGGCAGAGCCCCGAAGGAGAUGACCUCGGGAGAGCUCACAUGAUGGGCAGGGAUGCGUCGCUCUAUGUGGGCCUAGGAGGUGUGCGGUUCAGCAAAAUGGAACAGGAGCUAGAGAGCGAGGCUUUAAAAGUGGGACCCUUUGGUCCUAGAAGGAAGAGCCUGUCUGAGUGGAGAUACUCCCAGGACCCAGCCCUCACCGUUGCCACUGCUCAUUAUGUCACUGAGUCUACAUCGUCCCAUAUUGUGACUAAACAGUCUUCUGGUGAAAAGCUUAUGGAUGGCUCUGAAAUCUUCAGUUUGUUAGAAUCCGCAAGAAAACCAACAGAAUUCAUAGGAGGGGUUACUUCCACUUCUCAAAGCUGGGUUCAGAAACUAGAAACCAAGACAGAGUCCAGUGAAACAGAGACUGAGACAACCCAGCACUCCCAGCCUCUUAGCACAGAGAAGGUUGUGCAGGAAACUACGUUGGUGGAGGAGAGACAUGUGAUGAAUGUGCAUGCCAGUGGGGAUGCCUCUUACACGGCUGGAGAUGACACGGAGGCCGGAGCUCAGGCAGCCUCUGCUGAUGCUGCUGGCACUAAAGGGAAGGAGGGCUCAGCUGUGACUGAGGGGGAGAAAGAGGAGAAAGAGGAGGUGGCCGAUAAAGCCGUACUCACACAGGAACAAGUGACCCAGGAGCCAAGGGAGGAGCGGAGUUUGACAACUCAGGAUUCUGAGACUUUGGACCAAGAACCUCACUUCGAGUCGACUGUGAAGACAGAAACCGUGAGUUUGGGCAGUGUUGCAGCAGGAGGGGUGAAGCUAGAGAUGUGUACCAAGGAACUGCCAGUAGUUCACACAGAAACAAAGACCAUCACGUACGAAUCAUCGCAGGUUGACCCUGGUGCUGACUUGGAGCCGGGAGUGCUAAUGAGCGCACAGACAAUCACAUCUGAAACCACUAGCACCACGACCACAACUCACAUCACCAAAACUGUGAAAGGAGGCAUCUCAGAGACGAGGAUUGAGAAGAGAAUAGUCAUCACGGGAGAUGCAGACAUCGAUCACGACCAGGCGCUGGCUCAGGCAAUUAAAGAGGCCAAAGAGCAGCACCCUGACAUGUCAGUGACCAAAGUAGUGGUCCAUAAAGAGACAGAGAUCGCACCGGAAGAUGCAGAGGAUUAACCCCAGGAAUAACUUAGCCUACACAUGAAUCCUGUCAAGCAAUCAUUAGGAAACCAGACCUAUAUGGAGUUCCCUCUUCUGACCCAACUGACUUGUAUCUGCCCAUGGACAUUUUCAAUCAGGAAGAACUGAACUUGACCAUUAACAAAGAUGCUGGCAGAGAGAUCUUUCCAUAAUAAAGCAAUCCAGAUCAGCAUCACUAAACUGAUAUUGCAUGAAGCAAGGAUAAAAUCACAAAAGAACAACAUUUUUACUUUUCACAAAGUGUCUCGGUUUUCAGCUAUCUCUGCACGUUCAUAACCAACAAUAUGAAAGAGUGAUCUCAUAUAACACAUAAACAACCCAUGCCUUUCCUAGAUCGUUAUUAAAGUCAACACAAAAAUUGUGAUUUCUUAAGUGAUGGAUCUUUGGUUUACAGAUCAAUGAAGAAAUGCUAGAAACUGUCUAGGUCAGGUUUCUCCCAGAUUAGAUGUGCCAAUAACAGAGUUUAUUCAGUAAACAACUGGAAUCUUGUUUUAUUAUUCUCAUCCAUAAACAGUAAUGACUCUCUGAUCCUCUGGAAAUAUUUAAUGCUUACAGUCCUGCUUUAUAUCUCUAAUUUAAUUUGUUAUAAGAUAGUACUGAUUUUAGCAUAUUGGUGUGAUUUCUUCUUUGUCUGCUUUGGUCUACGUUCAAUCUGGAGUUACCUAACAAGUCCUAAAUAUGUAUAUUGUCAUUAUUUGGGGAAGAAACCUGUAUUUUUAUUUGUGAUACUAUGAAAUCUCACUCCAGAUAAACCCACUGGGUUUCUUUUGCUUUGUUGGUUUUUUUUUUUCUUCCAUAUAUUUUUAAUGAUUUUUCUUCUUUUACAUGAAAAAAGUGUUUUAUUUUCAAAUCUGGUCCAUAUUUACAAUCUAGUUCAGAGCCAAGCCUUAAACUGUACAGAAUUUCCACUGUAAUUAAACUAUUUAGUGUUUAGUUAUAAAUAGCCUUCAAAAAGAUAUAUUCUCCACAACAUUGUCAACUGCAUCACACAGCCCAUGGUGAAUGUAUGUUUCUGCAUAGCAAAAUAAAAAUGGUAAAUGCAUUUAAAACCCUA